AUGGCCGCCAUCUGGGGUAACGGGGGACAGGCCGGGCAGUUCCCCCUGGAACAAUGGUUCUACGAGAUGCCUCCCGUGACUCGAUGGUGGACGGUGGCGACCGUGGCUACGUCCGUCCUGGUGCAGUGCCAUAUCCUAACUCCUUUCCAGCUGUUUUACAGCUUUCGCGCAGUCUAUGUCAAAUCCCAAUAUUGGCGAUUGCUGACCACCUUUUUAUACUUCGGUCCGCUGAAUCUUGAUUUACUUUUCCACGUCUUCUUCCUCCAGCGGUAUUCGCGCCUGCUAGAGGAGACGUCAGGUCGCUCGCCGGCCCAUUUCUCGUGGCUGCUUUUCUACGCCAUGACCUCCUUAUUAAUGCUGUCGCCCUUUUUGUCCCUCCCGUUCCUAGGCACUGCCUUGUCCUCGAGCUUGGUCUACAUUUGGAGUCGCCGAAACCCCGAUACUCGCCUUAGCUUCCUUGGCAUGUUGGUCUUCACGGCCCCAUAUCUCCCCUGGGUGUUGAUGGCAUUCAGCCUGGUCGUCCACGGCAUUGUGCCUAAGGAUGAGAUCUGCGGCGUCGUGGUUGGACACGUCUGGUAUUUCUUCAACGAUGUCUACCCGUCCCUCCAUGGCGGUCACCGUCCUCUUGAUCCUCCCGGGUGGUGGAUGCGCUUUUUCGAAUCCAGGGCCGGCACCGGCGAUGCGCGAGGAACCGACACCGCGAACUUUAACCGUGACCUGGCGGCUGCUGCGGCGCCUGAAGUUCGAUGA